AUAUAUAUUUGUAAAUGGAGAUGUAUAGAUUGACCUGCUUUAUUUAGGCCAGUAACUGCUUCUGGGUAAUAUCCCUUAAGGUUAAAAAGCCUAGCUUCUGUUGUUGGAUAAGCAACAUGAUCAUGAUGGCCAAGUAUUUAAUUCUGACUUCCUAAAAUUUGUUUUGGCCUCUAGCCCUUCUCAGCCAACUCUUGAGUAAAUCCCUGUCAACAUGUUAGGCUGGUACAUUAUGGCCCAAAUACUCAGCAAAGGAGCCAUAUGUCUUUGUUCCUCUCAAAGCCCUUCCUUAUUACCAUCAACAAGCUGAAUGUUUUCUCAGAAGGUGAUCCUGUUCUCUGCCUUUACAUACAAAAUCAUCCCAAUUUUCAAGGUGAGAUAAUAUGACUUGUCCAAGAUGAGCAGGUAGAACAGGGAGCAAAACACAGGUCAUCCACCUCCAAAGGCAAAGCUCUCUACUAUUGCUUAAUUAGGUCUGCUGUAUGUAAUAUACAAAACAUUUUAAUUAAAAAUAAAAUGAAUUGUUAUUCAUUUUCAUGUUUACAUUUUCUUUAAAUGACAUUUUUAUACCCACCUUGUACCUUGAUGCUGACCACAAAGUCUAACCACAUUUCAGGGCAGAAGAUACUUGUGUUUUAGCCUUUACUGACUUCCUUGUCCCAUGUGCUACUUAUUCGGCCUCUCUCUUUUUAUUUCUUUUUAUUUCUUUCUUCCUGUCUUCCCUUUGUCUAUACUUUAUUCUGUUUUUUAAAACCCAUUGUAAUAAGCUUUGAGCUACUUCUCCUCUUGCUACUCAGAUAUUACUUUUAUGAAAGAAAAAAACAGAGGUGGCAAAAAUAUUUUUAAAGAAAUAGUGUUAAAGCAUGGUUUGAAGCAUACUGAUCAUCAUGAAUUAGGAGACCAAAAGUCAGAAUGUAUUCCCUUACAUUUCUUUUGCUAUCUAGGUUAAGUUUUCUUAUGACUUCUUGGGUUCUCUAACUGGGUUUGCCUCAAAUUGCCUCCUGCCGGUUACAGGGAGAGGAGAGGACUUUUAUACUGGAAAACAGAAGCGUUGCUGAUACAGUCUUGGGCUGGAGAACCUGUCUUUAAGUUUCCAUCCUGUCUUCCAAGGCUUUCAUUUAAUCUUACUUUAUAAAUGCCUGCAAAACAAGAACUGUUUUUUUGGCUUCACACUUUACUUUUGAUAUACUAAACAAACCAAGAUUUUCCCUGUGCAUUCUAAUUUUUUCUUGUGAUUAAGAGUGGUUUGCUUAUUUAUUAUUUAAAUAAAUAAUUUACCUUCUUUUCAAAAGAAUUUAAAACAGCUUGAAAGAAAAGAGUAACAUAAUAUAUUAAGCAUCCACCCUAUGCCAGACUCUAUGCAGAUGGAUUUCUGUAGGGUACUUUAUUUACUUCUUAAAACAACCAAGUGAGGUAGGUAGUAUUAGCCACAUUUUGAGGAUAAGACUGAGGCUUAGAGAAAUACUGUCACAUGGCUAAUAAGUGAGGGUAAGGAUUCAACCCAGGACUCCAAAGCUCCUUACCUUUACGUGGAAAGCCUAGGUAAACAUUUGUGUAUAGGACAGUUAAAAUAAGAAUAAAAGAAGGAAUCUUUCCUAGAAGGAUCAUACUGGAUAAUCUUUCAUUUUAAAGAACAGCAGCAGCAUUGGAAAGGAGCAGUUAUUGGUUUUCAUUAAUUGAUUUCUAUUCUCGAACAAUGAGAGGAGCUGUUGAAAGGCCCCAGUUAGCCUCAGCAAGCAGUCAUACUCGAAUUUCUAGAUUAUGGGCCUGUAUUAAGGUAAAAGAUAAGAAUGGGGACUGGAAAGGAUAUAAAUAUCUGCUAAAUGUCAUUGAACUUAAUGACUGUUUUCUUCUGAAGAUUAAUUAUUUGACAAUAAAUAGAAAGAUCACCAUCUCUCCUUUAGAUAGCUAUGACUACAAACUUUGUCAUUUACGAUCCGGAAAGAUCACCCAAGCUAGUAGCAUUUUAAGGUAAAGAACUAGAUACUCUGUCAUUGCCUGUGGUUUGCUGCUCUUGUCAAGAGAAUUGAGUUUGGACCUUCACUGCCAUGUGACACUUUCAAUUAUGGGGUAGAGACAGCUGGUCUGAGGAUUGUAGAAGGUCUUGCCUUCCUCGUAUCUCCUCUCCAACCCUGCCCUGUGCAUCCUUGGACACACUCAAGAGACGAGAAAGAGACGAGGUCAUGAGGUCUGCCAGGUAGGCUCGUGAAGCAUCUUUGCAGACAUUGUUUUAGCGUCUUCUGGAACCAAGUCUUUUAUUUUUUCUGACCUGGUUUCAUAUUUUUUCUGUAAUAUUCUGUUCAGUUUUUAUCUCACUAUGGAACCCUUCCAAGGGCAGACAUUAAAGAAAGGUAUUAGAAUAACAGGGGCAACAAAUUGUAAGACAUAUAUGUGAUAUAGUACAUUCUGUAAAUUAUAGAAUAAAAACACAUCCAUGUUCUAUCUAAUUAAUGUUAAUACUUGACAUUUACCCAGCACAUUUUAUUUUAUAAAGCUCUCACAUCUCAGAUAAUCCAGUGAGUUAGAACAGUAGAUAUCUGCAGAGGACUUUACCCUUUGCAAGGGCUCUUUGUAUGGUAUUUCACAAAACUCUUAGAGUAGUGCCAGUUACUUGGGAAUUUGGGGCUUGGACACACAUCUUUGGGUACCGAGUGUGGUGCUGUACUUACCUCAGCAAAGACUCCUCUGCUCUUCGUUUCCAUUGUUGUUGAUCUGUUUUCUAUUUUCCUGCAUCUUACCUUCCUAGGCUGCCAAAGUAAAUGCAAAGCAAGCAACAGAAAUCUCAAUUUGUGAUUUCUGAAGGGCAUUUUUAAAUGACAGAUUUUGUGUGGCACUAUUGUAAAUGUUCUAAGAGUAAGAGCCCUUCUGUUAAUGUAUACGUUAUAGAAUCCAUAGUACGGAAUCUCUUGAGCCUAGUGCUACAUGAGAACAAUGAGGGUUCCUAUUCUACUUCACUGGACCUUGGUUCUCAGACUUUAAAGAUGAUAGAGAUCCUUUUAUUAAGCCAAAAGACCCUAUGUAUUAAUUCUUUCUUCUCCCCACUUUACGGGGGUAGGGGGAGUUGGAGGCUUUGUCCGCAUAAAUAAUCCAUAUCAUAGUUGCAUUAAAUACUCAGUGUCUGGUUUUAUGCUUAUUAAAGUUGAUUCACAUCCUCAAAAGAAAUGUUUUUUUUUUUUUUUUUUUAAUGCCCAGUUUUGUGUCACUUGCAUUUGGAUUGUCCCCAGGACAACAUGAGGAUUCCUUGUGAUAAGUUUUGGUUCCAUCACUUUGAGAACCACUAAGAAUAUUCUGUUUUACUCACAAUCCAAACAAUAAAUGUUUUUCCCCUAUUUAUUCAUUUAUCCAGCACACAGUUUGCUGAAUGAAUUAAUGAUUAAUAUGACAUGGUAUCUAUCCUUCCAGAAACAGACUUAAAAAAAACUUGAGUGUCUCUGCAUUCAUCAAAUAUGAAGUGAGUACCUGUUGUGUUCCAGACAUCAAGCUGGGCAUAGCAUGCCCCUGCCCUCAGAGCAUUAUAUUCCACAGAGUUUAGCAAGGUGAACAAUUUUUACAACACAAAAAAUAGAUACAUAUGCAUGCUGUGAUAUGGAAAAGUACCAGUUUCUAUGGAAGCAUUAUCUGGGAGGAUGAAGAAAGACAUCCUGGGAAAACUUGAAGUAUAAGUAGAGGUAACCACGUGAAGGGAGUGGAGAAGGAUAUUUCAGGUAGAGGGAACAACAUCAGGAAAGGCCAGUGAGGGCAUAGAAACAGAAGAUAGAACAGUAAUUCAAGCAUUGGCUUUCAGUGGGAGUGGCAGUAAUGGGAGAAAAGAGAGGUAGGCAGGGGCCAGGUGUUGAAGGGCUUUGGGUAUCGGGUGUUAAGGAGUUUAAAUUUUAUCCUAAGGACAACAUGAAGCCAUCAGCAGAUUUUAUAUGUUAGGAAGUAUUGCAGGUAGAACUAAUGUGGAUGGUCCUCCUGCCCAUUAUUAUAAAAGACCUGUGCCUGCCUGCCCAUUUUGUCUCUCCCUUCUUCCCUCUCCCUCAAAAAUUAAAGAUAAGUUUAUAGAUUCCAGAGGAGAGAGAAAUAAAAGCUAGAGGAGUAAGUAUAACUGACUUCACCAUGAUGCAAGGAGAUUUCAAACUAAAAUAAGGUAGCUAGGGUUGUGGAUUUAUUAUCAGUGCUCCAACAAGGAGAUAGGACUUGGGGAACUGAUAGAGUGCAGAGGUUAUGGAAUUGAGAAGCCUGUAAACCUGAAGCCUAGUGGAGCUACACCUUCUGUGAAAAUUUUCCUGGUGACCCAGGAAAAGUGCAAGGUUUUCUGUAGCCUUGGGUAGGACAAAAAGCACUUGACAGCAUAAGUCCAAAUAAUACACUAAAAAUAUGAUUUAGGAACACCCUGAGAAAUUAACCGAAAAACUGAUCCAAGAUCAUUGAAACCAUUAGCAGAUAAAAACAAAUGAAAUUCCCUUCAAAGGGCUCACUUUUACAAUCUAGGGCUCUGAGGGCUCCCAAAGAAGAAAACAAUCUCCCUGAAGGUGGGCAUAAAAUAAAAAAAUUACAAACCACUUGAGGAAACAAACCAACAUGAAGUAGAGAAAGGAUGGGGAAAAUAAGUACACGAAGAUCUAGGAAUUAUGGAACUAUCUAAAAUAGACUAUGAAAAUAUAUUGCAAAUGAUCGAAGAUAAUGAAAAAGUGAGAUAACAUGAAUGAAAAGGGAUUUGAGAAUAAUAAUAUGGUCAUUGACUAAAAAUUCAUUUGAUGGGCAGCAACAGAUGAGACACAGCUAAGAGUGGACUGGUGACCUUAAAGGUGGAUCUGAGACAAUUGUAGUAUAACAGAAGAAGAUUGAGAAAUGAAGGAGCCUGCAGGCUACAUGUGGGCAUUGGUCUGGAGGGGACCAAGGACCACAGGACCAAGAUAACCGGUCAUGAAACUCAAAACUAAGUAAUUUAUUCAACAUCAGUGACUGUUAUGUUCCAAUGCUGUUUAUGUAGUGAGAAUAUGGUAAUUUUUUAAAGAUCCUAUUAAUACCUACUAGUAGGUAAUAAUGGCUCAACCAGGGGAAUGGCAGUGGAGAUGAAGAAAUGGAUGAAUUUGAAAGACAUUUUCAAGAAGGUAGAAUUAACAAGACUUGGUGAGUAAGAAAGAGAAUAGAAGCAUAAUGGAGGAAAAGUUGCUUCUUUCUGUUAAAGUGGAAAGAAAAUUUCAGAGUGGAGGUUUAUUUUAAAUGCAUUAUUUGUGUACUUUAUUACAGGUAUUGGAGAUUGAUGGAAAACAUAGUUUCUUCAAGGAGUUUUACAGGAAAGAUUAACAAUGGGUGUGUAGUUGACGGUUACUGUGAUAGAGAUGUGCCCAUGUUGCUGUGUAAGCAGUGAGGUGAUUUCUAACCAUACCUAAGGGUAGGGGCUGGGAUCAAAGAAAACAUCUCAGAGGACAUGAAGCCUGAGCUAUGUCUUGAAAGAUUAAAGUUUAACAUAACCAAGGAUAAAGAAUCAGAAGGUCCCUCAAGGUGUCCAGGCUGAAACUGGGGAGUAAUGACAGUGCGAGCGCUUGAUGGUGUGAGACCACCCCAGAGCCAGGAGAUGGCUACAGCCUUGGAACCAGAGGACCAGGAUCUUUGGGAAGAAGAGGGAAUUCUGAUGGUGAAACUGGAAGAUGAUUUCACCUGUAGGCCAGAGUCAGUCUUACAGAGGGACGACCCUGUGCUGGAGACCUCCCACCAGAACUUCCGAAGAUUUCGUUACCAGGAAGCAGCAAGCCCUCGAGAAGCUCUCAUCAGACUCCGAGAACUUUGUCAUCAGUGGCUAAGGCCAGAGAGGCGGACAAAGGAGCAGAUCCUCGAGCUGCUUGUGCUGGAACAAUUUCUUACUGUCCUGCCUGGAGAACUGCAGAGCUGGGUGCGGGGCCAAAGGCCAGAAAGUGGUGAAGAGGCAGUGACGCUGGUGGAGGGUUUGCAGAAACAGCCCAGGAGACCAAGGCGGUGGGCAGCUUCUCCUAAAGUAAUAAGCCCUGAUGACAACCAGCAAUUUCCCCCGGACUCCAUGGUGACUGGAAAUUGGAAUUAUUCCCAGGUGACUGUCCAUGUUCACGGCCAGGAGGUCCUGUCAGAGGAGACAGUACAUCUAGGAGCAGAGCCUGAGUCACCUAGUGAGCUGCAGGAUUCUGUGCAGACCUUGACUCCUGAGCAAUCCCAUGAUGAAGCCACACAGAGCCCAGAUCUGGGGCCACCAGCAGAACAAAGCCUGUGCCAGGAAGAGGAGCUCCAGCCGCUACAGGAGAGCGAGGUCCCAAUGCCCCAGGACCCAGACCUUCCUGCAGAGAGGAGCUCUAGAGACCCAGAGAUGGUUGCACUUCUUACUGCCCUAUCACAGGGACUGGUAACUUUCAAGGAUGUGGCCAUAUGCUUCUCCGAGGAUCAGUGGAGUGAUCUGGAUCCUACACAGAAAGAGUUCUAUGGAGAAUAUGUCUUGGAAGAAGACUGUGGAAUUGUGGUCUCUCUGUCAUUUCCAAUCCCUAGACCUGAUGAGAUCUCCCAGGUUAGAGAGGAAGAGCCUUGGGUCCCAGAUAUCCAAGAGCCUCAGGAGUCUCAAGAGCCAGAAAUCCUGAGUUUUACUUACACAGGAGAUAGGAGUGAGGAGGAAGAAGAGUGUGUUGAGCAGGAAGAUCCAAGUUUGGAGGAUGUACACAGGUCUAUUUCAGGAGAUACAGAAAUUCACCAGACUCCAGAUUGGGAAAUUACCUUUGAGGAUAAUCCAGGUAGACUUAGUGAAAGAAGAUUUGGUACAAAUAUCUCUCAAGUGAAUAGUUUAAUGAAUCUUCGGGAAACCAUGCCUGUUCAUACCCUGUUAGGGAGACAUCAUGACUGUCCUGUAUGUGGAAAAAGCUUCACUUGUAACUCCCACCUUGUUAGACACCUCAGAACUCACACAGGAGAGAAGCCCUAUAAAUGUAUGGAGUGUGGGAAAAGUUACACGCGGAGCUCACAUCUUGCCAGGCACCAAAAGGUUCACAAGAUGAACACUCCUUGUAAAUAUCCUCUAAACCGUAAGAAUUUGGAGGAGGCCUCCCCUCUGAUCCAGGCUGAGAGAACUCCAUCUGUUAAAACUGUUAAGAAACCCUAUCGAUGUGAUGAUUGUGGGAAACACUUCCGCUGGACUUCAGACCUUGUCAGGCAUCAGAGGACACAUACGGGAGAAAAACCCUUUUUCUGUACUAUUUGUGGCAAAAGCUUCAGCCAGAAAUCUGUGCUAACAACACACCAAAGAAUCCACCUUGGAGGCAAACCCUACUUGUGUGGAGAGUGUGGAGAGGACUUCAGUGACCACAGGCGGUACCUGGCACACCGGAAGACACACGCGGCUGAGGAGCUCUAUCUCUGCAGCGAGUGUGGGCGGUGCUUCAACCACAGUGCAGCAUUUGCCAAGCACCUGAGAGGACAUGCGUCAGUGAGGCCCUGCCGAUGCAACGAAUGUGGGAAAAGCUUCAGUCGGAGGGACCACCUCGUCAGGCAUCAGAGAACACACACUGGGGAGAAGCCGUUCACAUGCCCUACCUGUGGAAAAAGCUUCAGCAGAGGAUAUCACUUAAUCAGGCAUCAGAGGACCCACUCAGAAAAGACGUCCUAGCUAGGUCCCCGUGUGAGGUCUGCAUUCAGCUCUCAUCUGAAGGAUGUGAGGGGUAGGAAGAGCCCUUUUGUCAGCCUGGGAAGUCCUUUUCUAGGGAGUUUCCCUGACCUGCCCAGAUCUUACUUCACCUCUUCCCACAACUAAAUAAGCCCUCGGUGGAACCUCUCAGCCUUCUUCUACGCCUUGAGGAGAUGUUUUGCCCAAAGUACAAGCAGAAUUGAGGCUUCUUUUUCACAGGAGUGCUCCUGCCUCUACCUCCUGGGUAUGAAAUAGGAGAACCAGAAGACUUAAGAGGUUAUAGUUACUGUAUUGUCCAAAAAAUAGGCUGUUACAUAUCUUAAAGACUACAUAACAGCCUCAAGUUCAAAGUGGCCAAGGAUAGCCCCUUAGGAUAGGUAAGGGACCAGCCUGAAGGAUUCUGUCCUUACUGGGCUCAAAUCUUAAAGCACACAGCUCUGAACUCAAGACAGGAGGUUUGCAUCCUGAUGGCUUUGCCACGUACUCACAGAAUAACUGACAAAUCCGUCGCUGUCUGAUUCACUUCUUACCAUGCACUUUCCUUUGAUGCUGGGGAGAAGUGGACAAAAACCUCAAGGCUGCUUCAAAUGGACCUUGUCAAGCUGCUUCCUCCCCCUUUGUCAAAAUGAUAUCAGGUGCCAGACACUGCUAGAAAGGAGGGCCUAGUCAGAAGCCUCUUUCCUUAUGGGUUUUUUUUUCUGUUAAAAUUCGCCUUUAGCCUUCUUACUAUUCAGCCAGUCUCUUGGUUUUGUCCCUAGCACUUCUACUACAUGUGAGAUGUAGCAUUUGGGUGGUGAGGGAUUCAGUAAAGCAUAAUUAAAUCAUGAAAUCAUUUACAUUCCCACAUAUGUACAAACCCACCCACCCCUCCCCAGCCCCUUCACAUGGGCUGUGUGAGGGAUUUUGGAACAGUGUCAGCCUACAAAGGCACUAUAAUAAUUACAGAAUCUUGAUUGACUGGGUCAUUUCAUUUAUAUGAAGAAAACUGAAGAUCAGACUAUGGAAAGAUGAGAAAAAGCUCUUGCUGCUGGCCAAGACCAUCAAGACUAUUCUGACACCCAAUCCCCAUCAUCCUUGAAUUAGUUCUCUGAUAUCAUGGGAAAUUAUGAACCCCAGCACCUGGGACCCUGAGGAAUUUACCAGGAGUAAAUGGCUUUCAUGUA